AUGAAAAAUAGUACCUUUAACUCAGAAAGUCGGUACAGCAGUCGACAGAGGUCUCCCAGUGCAUCCCCAUCUUACCACUCCACCGCUUCACGCGGAGAACCUCUAUUUAAUCACAGCAACAUAACCACAGAUAGGGAAACUACACCAUCUUCUGAUGAAUUCUCGAAAUUAGUAUCAGGUGUUAACCUUCGUCUCUUAAACGUUGGAAGCGUCGCUAGAGAUCAUCUGGCUUCGGAGAGAACCUACCUGGCGUAUGUGCGGACAAGCCUGGCACUUUCUUCUGUUGGAGUUGCGCUGGUUCAGUUUCUCCAACUUGGUCAUACCACAAAGGCCUUCGCCGAACCACUCGGGACGAUUUUGAUAUGUGUUGGGUUGAUCGUACUUCUCAUCGGGACUCGACGGUUCUUCUUGGUUCAGAGGAGCCUCGUGAAUGGGUACUACCCUGUCUCGUCCCUCGAAAUGGCAUUCAUAAGUUUUGCAUUGGGAUCCUUAGUCACUGCGACCUUUGCCAUUAUACUUUCUGGGCGCGAAUAA